GGGGUCAGCUCCGCCAAAGGCACGGGGGCGUUUUCGUGCGGGUUUGCGGAACGGUCCUUUGCGGUCAAUGCGUGAUUGAGGCUUCGUAGAUAAUUAUCGUUUCCCCCUUUUGGGGCUGGAGUGCGUGGCGCGAAGGAGCAGCCAGAAAAGGGUGAUGUGCCAUCAGCCUCCGGAGGGCGUCUGUCCUCUCCGUAACCUCUUCAUCCUCUGAACUUCAUGGGAUAGGAGUGUGCCUGCCCCUUCCCACCGCCGCAGCCCCUCUGGAGUCGUCCGUGCCAAAGCCGCGCUGCGUUCAGGAAGACGCCGAGAUGGGCAGCCCGGGCUGCGAGGUGAGCGUGGCCGCGCCGGCGGAGCCGCCGCUGGAGGCGCUGUGUCCCGAGUGUGGACAGAUCCACCGCAGCUGGGAGAACCACCUCUACAACUAUCGCCUGGAAGUGGACGACGACCUGGUGUGCCACAUCUGCCUGCAGCCACUGGUGCAGCCCCUGGACACGCCGUGCGGACACACCUUCUGCGCGCGCUGCCUGCGCAGCUUCCUGCAGGAGAGAGACUUCUGCCCGCUGGACAGGACGCGGCUGCAGCUGCAGGCGUGCCGCAGGUCCAGCAUCCUGGUCCACAAGCUGCUGGACAAGCUGUCGGUGUCCUGCCCUCUGACCCCCGUUUGCUCGCUCAGCAUGCCGCGCUGUGACCUGGAGGCGCAUCUCAAGCACAGGUGCCCCGGGAUGCGGUGUCAGCAGGCCAACGCGGACGGCACGCGGUGCGAGAGCGCGGAGGAGCGGGCGAUGGUGGCCAGCCCCCCCCGCUCGCCCCGCUCGCCGCAGACGGAGCUGAGGGACCGCACGCCGUCCCCGCCCCCCGCCGCGCCCAACAACGCCUGCAGCAACGGGCCCGUGUGGACGGACGACGCCGGCCUGGAUAACCCCGCCUUCGAGGAGAGCACGGAGGAAGACAGUGUAGUGGGCCUGGAGUGCGUGGUCCCCCGGGUGAAGCGUCCCCUCAGUAACCCCUGCAUCCACCUCCUGCGCUCCUUCAGCUCCACCUCGUCUGGCUGGGACUGCCCCGAGUCGCCGCCUCUCUCUGCCGAAGAGGGUUGUGUGAAGUUGCCCUCGCUGCCCGAAGGAGAGAUAACUGCCAUAGAAGUUCACCGGGCCAACCCGUACAUUGAGCUGGGCAUCAGCGUCGUCGGGGGCAACGAGACGCCUCUCAUCAACAUCGUGAUUCAGGAGGUGUACCGGGACGGGGUCAUCGCGCGGGAUGGGCGGCUCCUGGCCGGAGAUCAGAUACUGCAGGUGAACAACGUAGACAUCAGCAAUGUCCCCCACAGCUUCGCGCGCUCCACGCUGGCGCGCCCCUGCACCGCCCUGCAGCUCACCGUGCUCCGCGAGCGGCGCUGCGCCUCCCGGGCGCCCCCCUCCUCCUCCUCCACGCCCGCCGUGCCGCACGCCCCCUGCUCCACCCCCGAAGCCACGCUGUCCAGCCCGGCCACGCUGAGGAUCACGCUGCACAAGCGGGACUCCGCGGAGCAGCUGGGCAUCAAGCUGGUGCGGAGGACGGACGAGUCGGGGGUGUUCGUGCUGGACCUGCUGGAGGGGGGCCUGGCAGCCAAGGACGGCCGGCUGCGGGGAAACGACCGCGUCUUGGCUGUCAACGACCAGGACCUGCGCCACGGCACGCCGGAGCAGGCCGCACAGAUCAUACAGGCAAGCGGGGAGCGAGUCCACCUGCUGAUCGGUCGACCCAGCAAGCCAACUCCACCCGCGCCGCCAAAAUCAAGCUCCACCAGAGACCUCUACUGCCUUGACCACUUCCUGCCUAACCACAGCUCCACCCCAAGCCCCGUUCCCCUCCACCUGUCCCGCACCAGCACACACAGAGACCUUUCCCAGUGUGUGAGCUGUAAAGAGAAACACAUAACUGUAAAGAAGGAGCCUCAUGAGUCGCUGGGCAUGACUGUGGCAGGAGGGAGGGGCAGUAAGAGCGGGGAGCUGCCCAUCUUUGUGACCAGCGUCCAGCCGCACGGCUGCUUGUCGAGAGACGGGAGAAUCAAACGAGGUGACGUCCUGCUGAGUAUCAACGGGCAGGACCUGACGUACCUGAGUCACAGCGAAGCUGUGGGCACUUUAAAGACCAGCGCUGCCUCGCCCUCGGUCCAGCUGCGAGUCCUGGAGGUCAGCAUGGUGGAGGAGCACGACCCCGACAAGCUGCUGCCUCACACGCACGACACCGACUUUGACGCCAACUGGUCCCCGUCGUGGGUGAUGUGGCUGGGUCUCCCCAGCUACCUGCACAGCAGCCAUGAGAUUGUACUGCGGAGGAGCCACCCUGGCAGCUGGGGCUUCAGCAUCGUGGGAGGAUACGAGGAGACCCACGGAAACCAGGCCUUCUUCAUCAAGACCAUCGUCCUCGGCACGCCUGCGUACUACGACGGCCGCCUCAAGUGUGGCGACAUGAUCGUAGCGGUCAACGGUCUGUCGACGGCAGGAAUGAGUCACUCGGCUCUGGUGCCCAUGCUGAAGGAGCAGCGCAGCCGGGUGGCGCUCACCGUGGUCUCCUGGCCCGGCAGCCUGGUAUAACCGGGUCGCAGGCAGACCCACACCGAGUCCUCCCAGAAUGUUCUAUAUCGGGAACGACCUUGGCCAAAGUGAACUGGUACAUGCUACUGUACAUCGCUCCAUACCAGGCUUAAUCCAGGACCAAAAGCACGGAGGGCUGUAGUCCACCCAGCAGGACCGGGCCCGUCCCAGCCCGCUGGGACCGGAUCCAGAUGGUGCCACGUCACUCGACAGUCUGCACUCAAACACACUGCUGUGCUCAUACGGUCAUGUUGUCUUCACUCCCGCAGGAAGAGUUUUACUGCAACUGUUAACAGGCGACCUGUGCUGUAAUCACCUCACCAGGCAGUUGUAGAAUCCAAGGCUGUAUUCAGGUGGAUGCACCGUUGCCAGUAGAGGCAGAGGAAGCGUCUGACCUCGCGUCAUUUAGGAAAACGAGCCGUGAUGAGACACCAGCGCUGUAUCCAGCUGAAUAAGCCUCAGGCCUUAUUAGAAACCCUGCCACAGCCUGGGGGCUCACCUGCCCUCAGGCCUCAUCACUAUGACAACCAGCUGCCCAAUCAGCUGGAGUUUUAUACAUGUGCGUGAAUGUGUUUGUAUAAUAAACAUUUCUGUUAAAGAA